GUCGUCGACAUCGAUGCCUUGGAUUAUAACGACCCUUUGUUGUGUAGCGAUUAUAUUAGUGAUAUUUACAAAAAUAUGCUCAAGCAAGAGAAGAGAUGUACACUCGAUCCAGAUUACAUGACUGGACAGCCCGUGAUUACUAAGGGAAUGAGAGCAAUUCUGCUUGAUUGGCUUGUUGAUGUUCAUUUACGAUACAAUUUCCACCCGGAGAGCUUAUAUCUGACUACUUAUAUUAUUGAUCGAUAUCUUCAGACAACCCAAGUGAAUCGAAAGAAACUGCAGCUGGUUGGUAUCGCUGCAUUCUAUAUCGCAAUUAAAUACGAAGAAAUAUUCUUAGCUUCUACCGACGACCUCCUAUAUCUUACAGAAAACAGUUAUGAAAUUAAUGAAUUUAUACAAAUGGAAGCUAAAAUUCUUAAAGCUUUGGAUUUUAGCCUGAGUAGGCCUACUUCCAUACAUUUCCUAAGACGUAUAUCAAAGGCUGCAUCGGCUGAUAUCGAGCAGCAUACCUUCGCGCGGUAUCUCACAGAGAUUGCUUUGAUAGAAUAUAGUCUUCUAUCAUAUCUGCCAUCGCAAAUUGCUGCAGCAGCUUCACUGAUAUCGCUGAAGAUAUUUGAUAAAUCAUGGACACCGACUCUGCAAUAUUAUUCCAGCUAUUCUGAAGACAGCUUAAAACCUGUUGCUCGUCAGAUUGCUAAGCUUGCCUGGAAAUCUUGGACUUCCAAAUAUCAAGUACGUAAAUGUAUCGUUUAA